GAUCUGUCGGACCCUCCGUCGCUUGGUCUGCGCCUGGCAGUGGUGGGCUCGGCCAUCGGGUGCUGCGUCAGCUGCGCGGGCCUCGCCUUCGGGUUCAGCGCGCUGGUGCCGGAACUGCUGGAGCUGGGGGCCUUCCACGAGGAGUGUCCAUCCUCGGGGGUGUGCCACCGCCAAAUCACUUCGUUGACUGGGCUCUUCACCACGGCCACCAGCCUGCUGAACCUCGCGGCGCUGCCCUCCGGGUUUCUGCUGGACUUAUGGGGCCCCCGCCGCUGCGGCGCGCUCUUCUGCGGUUUGGUGGCCGCAGGGUGCUGGCGCUUCGGCGCCGGGAACUACCAAAGCGGCUUCCUGGCCCUCGCGGUGGGCGGCCCCUGCAUCUUCAACUGCACCUUGAGCUUCGGGAACCUCUUUCCGUCCCGCUGCGGGCUGGUCGUGGCGGCGCUGGUGGGCGCCUUCGACGCCUCCAGCGCCGUCUUCGCGGGGCUGGCGCUGGCCUUGGGCAACGGGGCCAGCUUUGAGAGGAAGAUCUUCCGGACCUACGCCGGGGUCCCCACGCUGUGCGCGGUGGCUGCCAGCCUGUGCUGGCCUGCCUGGCCAGUGGCGCUUCCAGAGAACGAGCCACGCGAGAAUGAGCCCGUCUCUGGCAAGGAGAGCUUUGGCGCAUCUUGUCGAGCGCGGAGUUCGCGCUGCUGGCAUACACUGUGUCCGUGUCCAUGGUGUGCAUCAAUUUCUUCAUUGCCACAGUGUACCCGCAGAUGCUCUCAGUGA